GCCCCCGCCUCCCCGGCCGCGUGGUCGCUAAGCAAAGGCGAACUACACUUCCCAGGGUGACCCUGCGAGUCCACGAGGUACUACAACUCCCAGCGAUCUCCGCGACGAGGCUGCGUGGCGUCGGCGCGGCCGACGUGAGGCCAGAAAACUACGAUUCCCAGGCCACCCUGAGGCGGGGCCUCUGGACUACGGAGAGCGGCAGGCAGAGGGCGGUGGGCGGUGUCCGGGACCUGGGUGCGAAUCGGGAGACGCAGCCAUGCUGCGUCCCAAGGCUUUGACGCAGGUGCUGAGCCAGGCCAACACUGGAGGAGUACAGAGCACCCUGCUGCUGAAUAACGAGGGCUCCUUGCUGGCCUACUCCGGCUACGGGGACACGGACGCCCGGGUCACCGCGGCCAUCGCCAGCAACAUCUGGGCCGCCUACGACCGCAAUGGGAACCAAGCGUUCAAUGAAGACAAUCUCAAAUUCAUCCUUAUGGAUUGCAUGGAGGGCCGAGUAGCCAUCACCCGAGUGGCGAACCUGCUGCUCUGCAUGUAUGCCAAGGAGACGGUUGGUUUUGGGAUGCUCAAGGCCAAGGCCCAGGCCCUGGUGCAGUACCUGGAAGAUCCCCUCACCCAAGUGGCAGCGUCAUAAUAGUCACGGUGCACGGUGGAAGCUGGAGUCUGCAGAGAGAGAGAAACCAUGGAGGAGAAGGAUCCCUUGGGAAAUCUGCAGGGACACUGGGGGUGAGGCUGGGGCUUUGUUUGACAAUUCAGGAAUAAAUUCAGUUGACCCAAGAGGUGACUCUCAGGCAUGAGGUCCUAUACCUUAUGUUGCAUGUGUCAGAGUGGUGUUCUGGUUUUCUGUCUCCUCUUCAUAAAUAAAUGAGUAAAUUUUAAACAAAAGGAAACAAAGUGCCAGUGGAAUAACUUACUGUGCUGCUUUCCAUGUGUGUGACUCUAGUUCUAGCCUGGCCUCCACUGCAUUGAAAGAAGCUUCAGUACUGUGGUCUCUUUCUUUUUCUUUCUUUCUUUUUUUUUUAAAUUUCCUUAUUGGAGGAUUAAUGUUCUACAGUCGACAGUAAAUACAAUAGUUUGUACAUGCAUAACAUUUCUUAGUUUCCCACAUAGCAAUACAACCCCCACUAGGUCCUCUGUCAUCCUUUUCAGCUGUGGUCUAUUUCAAUCUCUGUCUGCCUCUGUCUCUAGCUUUAAAAAGCAAAA